CUUCUUUAAUUCUUUGGCUUUUUCUUUCAUUGAUUCCCAUUUUAUUAAAGAAUAGUAAUCAUGUUUGAAAGCUUAGUUUUAGAACAAUACACAUCCAUUCCUAGAGAAAUUACUGUUGACAUCGACUCUUGGAAAAAUAUCAUUGAAAAUUCACCUGCUCAUCAUGCAGUAUGUUGGAUUUAUAGGGAAAAGGCGAAUGGCGAUGUGCCUUCAAACGAAGAAGGUCAACCUAUGCCAAAGCGUGUAACAAGAAGAAGCAUCAUUUGGAAAAUUAAGUACAUAUCCCAUAGAGCUGGGACCUAUAAGGGUCGUGCUGGUGUACAGACAGAAGAUGAAUCAUCUAAAAGCCGACCAAUUCAGAAACCAAGCAAGAAGAUCGAUUACAGAUGCUAUGUUACUGUCACCUGCUAUUCCCUAACACCUAAUCAGGUCACCAUUUAG